AUGCCAACAAGUUGCGUGGAAGCCGCGGCAGGCACUUUCAAGAGUGGCGUAUAUAAAAUUCAUUUAAAACGACUUAGUACCUCACCUCUUGAGGUGUUUUGCAGUGAAGAAACGGACUUUGGCGGCUGGCUGGUCAUUCAACGGCGUAUAAGUGAUUCGGUUAAGUAUACGCAAGAUUGGCAGGCAUAUAAGGACGGUUUCGGCGAGAUAGAGGGAAACUAUUGGAUUGGUUUGGAGAAACUACAUGCGCUCACGAGUAGCUGUGAACAUGGGCUACAUAUUGAAAUGGAAAGAUUUGACGGUGAAAAUCUAUACGUGAAAUAUACUGAGUUUGUUAUCGGUAGCGAAUCGGAGCGUUAUGCGUUGAAAAAGAUGGGUAACUACACUGGGAAUGCAGGCGAUGGCUUAAUAUAUCAUAUUUAUAUGAAAUUCUCUACACACGAUCGAGAUAACGAUUUAUACGAAGACUACAAUUGUGCGAAGUAUUACAAAGGUGCUUGGUGGUUUAAACGGUGUCUCUACAGUCAUCUGAAUGGAGAAUAUGAAAAUAAAAGUGAUGGGAUUAACUGGAUUACCAUAGACAGGGAUGAGGAAUUGAAAUUCGUUCAAAUGAUGAUCCGUCCGACGGAAAAAUGCCUCAGACGUAUAUCUUUAAUAAAUUAA